AUGGCACCCACACCACACCUCAUUUCUCGCGCUCCACCCGUCCCAUGCGCCGGCUGCCUCGAUCCCAGCAAAGUAAACAACAAAGUCUACUUUUCGCUCUUCGCACUCAUCUUCCUCGCCAUCGUACUCGCCUCUAUCUGGUUCUUUUUCCAUGCCAAAAACGGAGGUUUCCACUGGCAACAAGGCGAUUUCGACGACUGGAAAUCUACGGUGUUGAGGAAGAAGGACGCUAAUGGAAAUACCAUUUACUCGGCUAGAAGUGUGGUGAGCAGACCCAGGAAGAGUGAUCGCAUCGCGGCAAAGAGUGUGGUGGGCUUUGACGAGAAGGGCAGGAAGGGUAUCAUGGCUGUCAGGGGUUUUGGAGGCAGUCAUUCAGUCUACUACUCCGAUGGCUUCACGCAAUAUUCCGGCGACCGCAGUGAUGCAAUGACAUCCAUCUCCCGCAACAACAACGAAAAAAGACAACCCAAAAUCAGGGGCGGAGGUUACAGCGCUGCUCCCACCUCCACGAAUCACUCUCGUCGUUACCGCGACCGCGAUCUGCGCGACUACAAACAUGAGAAACCUGCUAGAGUGGGUGGCAUGAACAGAUCAGCCGAUGGCACUUCCUACGAUUACUCGGACCGCAGCGAAACACUUACUGAAAUGACUGAGACGUCAUCUGCAGCUCCCAUCUUGUCAUCCUCGGACCGCAAACGCGAAAAGGCUGAAAAGAGAGCUGCGGAAGAUGCAGCACGCAUGGAGAGGAAAUGGCGCAAGGAAGCCGAGCGCGCAGCCGCCGCACUCGCCAAAGAAUCCACUGCUGCCACCUCUACAACUCCUCGCAAACCAUCUUCGCCGGUCAAAUCGCAUACACCAGUCACCAAAGCACCAAAGAGUUCAAAGCGGCAAAGCAGCCGCAGCCGCUCUUCCAGCCCCAGGAAAUCCGCUGCGCCUAGACAAAGGGAUUACUCCUUCUCUGGCGCCCCUGAUGAGUCGAGUACGGUGUAUACGGGUACUUACACCACUACCUCUGGCACACGCACGAACAGCAGUUACUACGAUGCCUAUCGUCCUGUAGCUCAAGCCUCACCAUCCCGCAAUAUUCCUGGACCUUCUGCUCAAGCUCCUCCUCGUGCUGAGCGCCGCGAACGCAGAGCUUCGUCUAGCAGAAACAAUUCAGCCUCGCCUUCUAAACAACACAGAAGCAGCAGAUAUACAUAUGCUGAUAGCGAUGUCACUGCCAGCACCGACAGAAGUGGUGGCGGCAGAGACGGAAGUGGCAAGUAUGAGAGGGUCAGAGGUGGUGAACAGAAAAAGAAAGGAGGCAGGGAUGUGAUGGCUGGAUAUCGCAGAGGCAUGGAUAGUCUGGGAAGUGAUUCCGAGUAG